GGACUAAUCCCAAAGAUCAGUGGCAAGCUUUCUGCCAGUAGUUCUGCUCUGGACAUCCAGCUCCUGAGCUAAGUCACUACUUAAUUUUUAAAGUAAUGGGCUAGAGCUACUCUUGAAGUAUCAUGAGUACUCUUAUUAAUGUGGAGCAUGGUGGCAAAUUUCUGUCAUGGAGCUGGAAAGCCAGUGUAAUGUGGAAAAGCCCAGAUAACUUCUACAUUAGAACAGCUUCAGUCCCUGCUAAAUUGUAUUGUGAUUUAUAAAAGAUGAGCUAUUGAGAAUUUGAAAGAAUAAGGUAAAGUUUCCCCACAUCUUUCUAAAAUACUGAUGUUGGCUGAAAGAGUGAAAUUUUCAUUCUUGAAAGGUGAAUGUGAGUCAAGACAUUUUUAAGGGGCUUUCAUUUUUUCUGUACUCAAAGUCUUAAGAAGCUGGGCUCUGUUUGGAAAGGAAAAGCUUUGCAUGACAGCACUGUUGUGUCAGUGGCUUUGCAGUGCUAAGCAGUGGAGAAUGCUGCUGAUGGACAGCUUCCUUCUCCAUGUUUGCAAGCUCCAGGGAAAGCUGAGCUGCCCACUAAACAGUUUGUCACUUCAGAGCUGCCUGGAGAGGGGAACUGCAUAGAACAGCUUCCAGAAUCAGAACUUUAUCCUUUAAACUUCCCUGGAUAUGAAGUAAUGUCCAAUUCAGGUGCACGUGUGUGGCACUAAAGCACCACGAGUCACACGAAGCAGUAGCUGUCCUGUAGAUGAUGUCACUUGGCAUGGAGUAAGGUUGCUGUACAGCUGCAGUCCCUGGCUUUCUAAAAAGAUCACGUUGAGUUUUGGAGGGAGAUUUGAGCAGCAUGGUGAAAGGGCCAGAAGAGAUUCCUGUGAUGUAAACAGAAUUCUGCAUCAAGAAGUUUUUCUGGUUUCCCUUUGGUUGGCAACUGUCUUAGUAGCUUUUCUACUCCACAAUCACAUGGAUUAAGUUGUUGAAAAAACAACCCUGCAGCUUGAAUUGAACUGAAAAGGAACACUCUGAAGAUGGCUAUGAAUAAUUCAGUUUCCUCUGUUGUAAGAAUCAAAAUUAUUUUAGGUACUGAUGAUUCCUGGUACAGGAAGGAGUUUGACAUCUUGGACUCAAAAAGUCACUUGGAAAUUGCCAGAACAGGUCAUUUAGCACUGGAACUAUUACACGAAUCAGAGGGUUGGCAGAGGUCAUUUACCAUUCCUAAGCUGGAUUAGCACUUGAAUUUUUUCUGGUGUUCUCUACAUCUGCAGAAUUGCCUGUUGAAGCAACUUCUGUUAGCAACAGCACACCCUAAACAAGGAGCUGUUAUCAGCAUUUUAAGGAACAGUGAUAGCUGUUUCUGCAUAUAUUAAAAUUAUAAUUAUACAGCAGAAAUUCUAAAAAGUAAAAGGUCUUCUUUUUGUGUGCUGUGUAAGUGGGCUUAUUUUUAAUUAGCUAGAAAAGGUUGUAAUUACUUGAGUAGUUUGAUACUACAUAAAUGAAUUAAAGUAAAUCCUAAAUCACCUGCUCAAGCUUUACUGACCUCUUAGUGGUUAUUAAAUAAUUAUUUAUCAGUAAUAACCUGAAACAGUAGUUUCAUGCCAAAACAGCAUGUAAAAUAUGGCAUUCCUAGCAAACUUUAAUUUUAAAUAUCUCUAGUGUUUUAAUAAUUUAGUUGAAACUGUAAUUUUCUGGGAGAUGAAAUGAUCUCCUAACCAUGCUCUGAAGAUUUCUUACAUUUAUUUCAGAUGAGUUAAAAUCAAGUACUGAAUAGUGAAGUCGCAUUUGAUUGUUUGAUUAGCAAAAGUAAAUAAAGACAAAUAGGUCAAUAAUUAAAUAAAAAAUAAUUAAUUUUAACUUCCCUAUAAUGUGUUUCUGUGUAUCAGAAUCAGAAACUAGGUGUUGCUGUAAAUUUAUUUUUCUGUGCAAAUUUGACAGAAAUAAAUGCUAAAUAUUUCUAAAAUAAAUUCCCUUUUUUAGAUUUUAUACAUCUAUUUUUAUAGGCUCUAAGUAGUUAAGUAGUGUUUUUACUGGUUAAACUAUGAAAUACUCCCAUGAAUUUUAGGUGGUUUUAAAAUUGUAAAGAAAAAGUAAAAUCUUUUUUUUUUUUUUUAUCUGCUGAUAUUUAUUAUUGUGCUUAUUGUAUAAACCACAUUAUUUAAAGUCAAACUUACACAGCAGUCAAAAAUGUCACAAAGACCUCAGAUUCAUGUUUUUGUGGGGGCACCCAGCAUCCCGAGGCCACGGGAGGGGCUGGAGCCGAGCUCGGCCCCUGCUGGUGAGCGGUGGAGGGAGCUGCGCUGUUGGUGUGACAGCCCCGGGGCUGUUCCUGCGAGGCUCCGCGCUGCCGCUGCCCCCUCGGUGCCCCGGGCAGGAAGCUCCACACCCACAGGGGUCCCCACCAGCGGGGCCAGAGCUCAGCAGGGCACGUUCAUGGCAAAAGAAGGAAAAGAUUUGCCAUCUCUUGCCCCUGUGGCACUAACUUGUACCUGCACGCCUAAAAAGAGCCCAGGUUUAACUUGCUCUGAUUGUCAUGAACCCAAAGACAGAAUUACACCUGCCGAUGUAAAUCAGGCUGCAGAUCAGCACCUGCCCCAGGGCUGUGCAGAGUCUGCUGGACAAGAGAAGCCAUCAGGUGCCUGCUGCCCAGAGCUCACUGAGAGAAAAGCCUGUCCUUCAGAAGUUGGCAGCUGUGACAUUUCUGCUUUGGUUGCCAGCACUGAGCAGGUCAGCAUCCACCUACAGUCUGUGGGACUUGAGGCAGCUCACAGAAGUGAGCAUCAUGAACAUCUGAGUCAAGGUAUGGAUGUGUUUUUCCAAAAAGGUCAGGAGUCCAAGCCAAAAGAACCAAAUGACUGCGCAGACUUUGCUGUGUCAGCAGACACUGAGUUUUGUAGUUUGGUGACUUCAAGUCGGGUGGCUGUUUCUGCACAGAAUGAGAUGCAGGAAAGAAUUGUAAAACUAUCAGAAACAGAAGCAGGCAAAAAAGCUGAAGAAGGACACUGUGAUCACUUCCAUUGUGAUUCUGGUGUUGGAACAUGUACUACUACUGUGACUGAAAAUGAGUAUGAGGAAGAGGAUGCAAGUUCUCUUGAACUUUUCAGUUCUGAGGAUGAUGGGGAAAAUGUUUCUAUUAAAGCUAUAAAUCAGGAAGAAUGUGCUCAGGAAAAUGCAGAAAAGUUUCAAGAACUUAAUGUUCCUGCUGAGCAACUUGUAAAUGAAAUCCCUGUAGAGCCAUUGAGCUCUGGGACACUGUGCUCUCAAGGGAAAUGUUCUCACAAGAACUUUUCUAAAAGACCCCGCAAGCAUGAAGAUUCCCUUCAUCUUUCUCACUCAGCAUUUAGAAGACAGCUGAAAUCCAAGAGAGCUAAACUGAAUUCUUCUCCACCUGGUUCUGGGGUGAGAGUGAAUCCAGACAGGAUGACAGAGUUCAAGAAAUUCCAAAAGAAACUAUCGCAACUUAAAAAUUGCUGCAGCAAAAAUCAAAAGUACAAUAUUCUGGUCGUAGUUGUGCAUCCUUGUCAUAUCAAAGAAAUACAGAAGAAGACUAAACCAAAAUCUUCAUGUAAAGUUCCAGUGGCAACUGUUAUUGUUACUGACCAGUCAGAAAUUGAGAGAAAGGUGGUGCUGUGGCGUGAUGCUGCAUUUUGGUCCCUCACUGUGUUUCCUGGGGAUAUUGUACUGCUUACAGAUAUAAUAAUGUAUGAGAAUCCUUGGUGUGGAGAGGUCAUGCUUCAGUCAACAUUUACCAGUCAGUUACUGAAUCUGGGGAACUGCUCAGCUCUCAAUGCAGAAAAAUUUUAUCCUCUAGUGGAUGAUGGUGUUCUCCAUGGCUUAUUGGCAUACAUAUCAUCAGAAUUUCCACACUUCAGAGACAUUCCACAAAGACAAGUUCAGAGACUGGAUGAUGUUCAGUAUGUGCAGCUAGAUCAGCUCCAGCCCAAUACUUUGGUGCACUCAAUCCUGAAAAUUAUCAAUAUUUCUGUGUUAACAGAAUCUGUGUACAGCUACAGAGGUGGCAGCCAAAGAAAAAUUAUUCUAACAGUAGAACAGAACAGAGAUCAACACUAUAGGAUGGUUCUGUGGGGAGCAGGGGCUGCCUGGUACCCCCAGCUUCAGAGGAAAAAAGACCACAUAUGGGCCUUCAAAUACCUUUUGGUCCAGUGUAGUUCUGUCUCAGGUGACCUGGAACUGCACACUACUCCAUGGUCAUCCUAUGAGUGCUUGUUUGAUGAUGAUAAAAGGGCAGUUGAAUUUAAAGAAAAGUUUCAGAAAAGUCAAACAUCCCUCAUGGAGUUGACAAGGCUCUCAGCACUCCUGGAUGAAAAAUGCUCAGGAGUGGUUCAAGUGAAAGCCCAUAUCUUGGAACUGAAAUUUACCAUUUCCACUGGUCAGUACAAGCAAGUCAUCUUCUCUGCUGACACUUCCCUGGAAUGUGUUUUGGCUUCUCUGCCUAUGAUUACAUAUUCAGGUUGUGCCAAAUGUGGUUUGGAACUACAGGCAGAUGAGAACAUGAUCUAUAAGCAAUGUAUUAGAUGUCUACCAUACAGCAAAGUAAAAACAUUCUACAGACCUGCUUUGAUGACAGUAGAAGAUGAAGGACAUGAAAUUUAUGUUCAUGUGGUGUCUGAGUUGAUGGAAAAAAUCUUCCUCAAUAUUCCUGCAGACUGGCUGAAGAGAUUAGUAGUGCCCUCUUCAGAUAUAACCUACAGCACAAUAGUAGCAGAUCUGUGUCAUUCACUGCUGGCAGAUACAGAAGCAUCCUAUUUGUUGGAAAUCAGAAGCCACUUUGUGCUAGAUGAGAACAGCUAUCCUUUGCAAAAGGAUUUCCAUCUGCUGAAUUUUCAUCCUGAUCUUUGACCUCUGCACUAAUUGAGUAACAAAGGCCAUAAGGACACACAGAUGGGAAGCAGAAGAAAAAUUACUUAGCUGAAGGAAGCAAAUCUCUUUUAAAAACUAUAAUAAAGGAUUUUGGUUUUAACUUAUGAAAAAAGCAAAACUAUCAAAAGGACUGGUAUGGAAUAUCUGCUAAUAGUAUAUACUGCUGGAGUAAUUCUGAUGAAUUUUCAUAGGAUAUAUUUUUAUACAUGCAUAAUAUAUUUUUAUACAUGCAUAUUUGUGGUAAUAAUGAUGUUAAUAAACUCCAACAAUUUCUUCCA